GGUUGAGGCAGUAGUUUGAGAUCAAUUCAAGCGGUUCAUAUCUAAAGAAGUAAGCAAAAUAUUAACACGACAUAUUGACAGCUGAAAUUUUUUUCAUUUUAGCAUAUUUCACUCAACAUAAUAUGGAGUUUGAUCAUUUUCUAUGUAAAGUUAUGCAAGGUGACAUUACAGCUAUUAAACAAUGUAUUGUAAGAAAUCCUGAUAAGAUUAACAAUCCCAACAAUUGUGGCAACACCAUACUUCAUUUUGCAAGUGUUAAGGGCAACACCAACAUUAUUCUAAUGUUAUUGAAAGCAGGAGCGAGUGUAACAUCAACAGAUCAAGAUGGCAAUACACCUUUACACUGGGCAGCACUAAACAACCAACAUGAAGUGGUGGCAUUGUUGCUAUACUAUGGAGCUGAUGUCAAUAUUCUCAAUAAAAAUGGGUGUAGUCCACUCCAUGAAGCUAUCCUUAAAAACAAUAUAAAGGUGGUGGAGAUGGUACUUAAUACAAUAAAUGUAUAUAAUGCUCAGAUCAAUCAACAAGAUUCUCACAGUAGGACACCUCUAUAUAUGGCAUGUGAGGAUGGAUACCAUAACUUAGUUGAAUUGUUACUGAAGUCUAAUGUUGAUGUCAAUAUGGCUGAUAAACAUGGUAGAACACCUCUACAUAUGGCCUGUCGUGGUGGACACACAGAAAUAGUACAAAUGUUAUUGCAGUUUAAAGCCAAUGUCAAUAUGGUGGAUGAGUAUGGGAAAACACCUUUACAUAUGGCCUGUAGUGAAGGAUACUCUGCCACAGUUUUAGUCUUAUUGCAAUUUAAAUCUGACAUUAAUGUGGUAGAUAACUGUUAUAACACACCUUUACAUAUGGCCUGUCUUAGAGGACAUCACAAUACAGUAGAGGUGUUAUUGCAGUCUAAAGCUGAUAUUAAUGUGGAGGAUAGAUAUGGCAGAAGCCCUCUACAUGUGGCCUGUUUUAGUGGACACUCUAGCACUGUAGAGGUGUUACUAAAAUUUACAGCUGAUGUCAAUAUAAAAAAUAAGUAUAAUAAUACACCUCUACAUUUGGCCUGUUAUGGAAAACACUCUGGUAUAGUAGAGAUUUUAUUGAAGUCUACAGCUGAUGUCAAAGUGGUGAAUAACAAAGGUGAUACACCGUUACAUGUGGCCUGUGGUAAUGGUGGAGAUGCAGACACAGUGAAAAUAUUGUUGCAACAUAAACCUGAUGUUAAUUUGAAGAAUAAAUAUAAUAGCACACCUCUACAUCUGGCAGUUCUACAGAACAAUUAUGAUGUGGUGGCAUUGAUACUAUCCCAGGACCAAAUACAAAUGGAUAUUAAGGACUGUUGCCAACAGACGCCAUUUCUUCUAUCUCUCUCUGAAGGCCAUCUUGGAAUGGUUCAUAUGUUCGUAUCAAAAGGGGCAGAUGUCAAUGCAGUUGAUAAAGAUGGUAAUAACUGUCUUCAUCAUGUAUUGAAAAGAAAGUUAUUUCACUCUGAAAGUGAAGAGAUGGAUGUCCUAAAUGAGAUUUGCUCUCAACUCAGCUUGAACAAGGAAGACAGACUAUCUGCUGUUGCUGUAGCUUGUUAUUUAGCAGAAGAAGGAGCAAAUUUUCAUCACAAAAACAAAAAAAAUAGGACCCCUCUUGACAUCAUUUGUAAUUCGAAUUUAAAAGAGAAACUCAACAGAUUUGUGUCCAUUCAUCUGCAAUGCUUAUUGUGCAAAGAUAACCAGGCCACUGUAAAAUUCUAUCCAUGCAAACAUACAGUGACAUGUUCAAAUUGCUAUUCCAAAAAGAAGCUUAAAAAAUGUAUCCGGUGCCAACAACCUAUAACCAACAAGAGCGGAUUUGAGUGUCAAAAACUUGAAGAACAAGACCUCAUGAAGAUUAGUUAUCUGUUGGGAAGUAAAUGGUGGCAAGCAGGUAUCUUCUUAGGAAUUAAAGUUGUUGAACUGGAAAUUAUCAUGUGUGAUCAUCCACUUAAAACUGUAGAUCAGAGUUUCCAAAUGUUAUACAAAUGGUUAAACCGUAGUGCAACUGGGGAAUGCACAGUUAACCUCCUAAGAAAAGCUCUUGAGGAAGCUGAAUGUUUUUAUGCACUUGAUUACCUUCAGGAAAAUCGGGAAUUUCAAUGUAAGUGCUGAUUAUGAGUGUGUAUUUUAACUUAGAAUGGAGGAGUGUGAGGGAGAAAGAUAAACUUUUAAAAUAAAGAUAAACACUUAUAUCCUGCAGUGCAAUGAUGAUAUAAGUACCUUUCCUAACACUUCUGUAGGAGAUCGCUUUCCUCUGUUUAGUCAAGAUUCGAAACCCAAUCCACACACCUGUUGCUUGUCGGACGAAUGUCUGAUCCUUUGUCUUUUAUCUCUAUGUUGGGAAAUAAAUGAGAAAUACCUGGCCCCUGCAGAGAUCAAUCCAUUAUUUUAGGUUUGGCCUACUGUCUGAACCUUAUAUAACCAAUUGAAAGGUUUGCUUCAACCACUUUGGUUUUCAACCGGGUAACUGAGAGCAUGUCUAUCCCCCCCACUUUUCAGUCGUCUGACCAAGAGCAUUUGCUGAAUGGAAAGGGACAACGCAGUUUUUAAUCUUUGUUAGCAGACCAUAACUUGGCUUACACACACAGCUUCCAACACACACUAAGAGUGCACGAGCAACACAUUAUACCAUUGUCAUCAAUACAACUACUGCUAUGUCUGUGAUACUUACCACUGUCAGCCAAUAAACCUGUAAAUAUCAUU